CUGGGGCUUGUAGUUCCAGCUGAGAGUGGCGCCGAGCCACCGUCAGGUUCCCUUCCCACUCGCCUGCCCUUGCUGGCGGGUCUCUGGGGUCAGGGCCGGGUCCCCGGGGUCAGCGCCAGGUCCCCAAGGCUGGCCCCUCGCCGUCCUCCCCGCAAGCAGCCUUCAAAGAGGCGGACCCCGCGCAGCCAUGGCCUCAGCAGUGGCCGAGAGACGGCCAGGGGCCCAGGAGAAGGCAGCCGCGGGGCCGGCACACCUCGCGGAGUCGUCGUCUGGUGGCCACGGUCAAGGCUUUGAGUGUCCAGUGAUGGCCGACCCGUGCCUGGUACCAGCCUAUGAGGCCUGCCGGACGGUGGGUGAAGACAAGUGCCCAACAGGACCAGUCUCAGAGCCAGAGGUCCAGGAGGAACAACUCAAGCUGGAGGAAGAGAGGCUUAAGCUAGAGGUGGAGUCACUAGAGGAGAGAGGUCCCAGGCCUACAGCCUCCAUUGUGAGGGCCAGUCAUGGUCCGAAGAGGAAGCCGGUCAACCUCCCAGGGCCUAGUCACCAAGCCCAUCCUAGGGCUGAAGCAGAGAUGCCACAUGGGCUGCCACUGCAGAAGGAGGAAUCGGAGAGUAGCCAGAGUGAGCCCUUACCAUCUGCCAAACAGCACAAAAAAGCCAAGAAGCGCAAGAGUCUGGGGACUCCAGUGCUUCCAGCUCUGGCCAGCACGGUGUCUGCACCUUCAGAGACCUUGGGGCUGGAGCCCCCUGCCCUGACCCGGGUCUUUGCAGGAAAGGCCCAGCGCCUGCGGCCCCUGUACCAGUACAUCAACUAUUGCAAUCCGGAGCUGAAUCAGGCAGGGGAGGGGGACAGGGAGGCUGAGGCAGAGAUGGAGACGGAGUUGGAACUGGCCCUGGUCCCCGAGGAAGGAGGUGUGGAGCAACUGCAGGCCUUGCUGCCUGUGGCAGGGGAGCAGUCUGCGUUUGGUCUGACCAGGAGGGUCCAACACUUAAGGUCCCCCACUGAGGUGUCCGAGUUUAUCUGCCUGCCCCAAGAGUGGCAUCUUCGGAACACUAGCCACUUACUGGAGGCCACAGCUGGACCAGACUUUGCCCGUAAGGUGGCCCCGCUAACAGAGGCAUUGGUGCCUUUUUCCUGGCAACCAGGGGGUAGUGGAGGAUGUGAAUGUUCUCCCUGAGCCUUGCAGACAAGCUGCUGGAUAACCACAAACAGGCAAAAGCUUAAGUGGCAGCCAGUGCUGGACAUUUUGGAAACCCUCAUAUCCUGCUGCCUCCUCGUCCUCCUGCAUGUCCUAUAUCUACCUUAAUGUACCUCAUAUACCUUAAAUGUAAGGAUUUCCAAAUUAAAUGAGCAAUU